AUGGCAGUGGUUCUGAGGGAUAACGGUGGAACUGUUCCAAAACCCAUUUCCCUGUGGGUUCCGAACAGCAAACAAUACCAAUCCAUACAAGAACUCUCCUCGGUGGAAUACGCAGCCGGUCUCUUCGGUGCCAUGAUAAUUUACGGCCCGACGAAUGCUGACGACCACGAGGCCCUCGGUCCUGUUCGACAUACCGACGACUAUCACGCAGAAUAUUGUGACCUUGUCGGGCACGUUAUGGGUACGGACUUGAGCAAGGUUGCGCCUUACUCGGAUACCAACCUCAUCAACGGCCAAGGCACAUUUGAUUGCUCCCUUGUCAGCAACAGCACCAAGUGCACACUCAACGCAGGCUAUGCCAAGUUCCACUUCACCAACGGCAAGACAUAUCGUUUGCGUUUGAUCAAUGGCGGAGCGGAAGUCCUCAGCAUCGACAACCAUUAA